ACCAACACCGAAAACACGUGUUUCAAAAUGGCUGACAGCGACGAAGAUGUUUCACAAAAACAAGAAAAACAGGAGAAUACUGAAGAAUUAGAACAAGAAACUGCUACGUUUAAAUCUUUAGGAGUUGUAGAUGUCUUAUGUGAAGCAUGUGAAGGUCUUAAAUGGAAGACACCUUCAAAAAUCCAGCGAGAAGCCAUACCUGUAGCUCUGGCUGGGAAAGAUGUCAUAGGCUUGGCAGAAACUGGGUCAGGGAAAACGGGCGCUUUUGCGCUACCUAUACUUCAGACUUUGCUAGAUAACCCGCAGAGAUUGUUUGCACUUGUACUAACACCAACAAGAGAACUUGCCUUCCAAAUAUCAGAACAGUUUGAAGCUAUUGGAUCAACAAUAGGUGUAAAAUGCUGUGUAGUUGUUGGAGGGAUUGAUAUGAUGAACCAAGCCCUGAUGUUGGCCAAGAAACCCCACGUCAUCAUUGCCACACCCGGUAGACUUGUUGAUCACUUAGAAAACACAAAAGGUUUCAACUUGAGGUCCCUCAAGUUCCUUGUGAUGGACGAGGCUGACAGGAUUCUUAACAUGGACUUUGAACAGGAAGUGGACAAAAUACUGAAGGUUAUACCAAGAGAGAGGAGAACGUAUCUAUUUUCAGCUACUAUGACUAAGAAAGUUGCCAAAUUGCAGCGUGCAUCAUUGAAAGAUCCAGUGAAGGUUGAAGUAUCUUCCAAAUAUCAGACAGUAGACAAACUGCAGCAAUACUAUAUCUUCAUUCCUGUCAAGUUCAAGGACGUCUAUCUCGUGUAUAUUCUCAAUGAAUUAGCAGGGAACUCAUUCAUGGUAUUCUGUGCUACUUGUGCUAAUACACAAAGAGUGGCCCUAAUGUUGAGAAAUUUAGGACUUAUGGCAAUCCCCCUUCAUGGACAAAUGACCCAAGCCAAAAGACUUGGGGCUUUGACGAAAUUUAAAAGUAAAUCUCGAUCUAUUUUGAUAGCAACUGAUGUGGCUAGUAGAGGGCUGGAUAUUCCACAUGUGGACGUAGUGAUCAAUCUAGAUAUACCUACACAUUCAAAAGACUACAUUCACCGUGUAGGUAGAACGGCAAGAGCUGGACGGGCAGGGAAAUCGGUAACAUUUGUUACACAGUAUGAUGUUGAAUUAUAUCAAAGAAUUGAGCAUCUGAUUGGGAAACAGUUGCCUUUGUAUAAGACAGAAGAACAAGAGGUAAUGUUACUAAUGGAACGUGUAUCUGAGGCACAGCGACAUGCCAAGAUGGAAAUGACUGAAGGGACAGGAAAGAAGAGAAAACAUCGCCCACAGCAACCUGAAGAUGACACAGAGGAGUCAACUGGCGUGCGCAAAAAAUUGAUGAAAAGGAAGAAACAUUAUUAACAAACUUAACAGCUGUGUUGAAUAUAUCUAUCAGAAGGCUAUACUCUUUGUUGUAAGAUGUCAUGCAAAAAUAACUAACCUUCAGAUAUCUUUAAGUUAUAUUUUGCCUCACCAUUUCUAGUUAUACAAAAAAUAGCAGUAUUAGAACUUACUGUUUCAAAUUAAAGUUUGAAAAACAG